UUGAGGCAAAAGUCAGGGUUCUGUGUUACCGUAAAAAACAGAAUGGCCCACUUACAUGUCGUCGCGCUCUUGGCCGCUGCCAGCAUCUUCUGCCAAGCUGCGCCAGUGGAUGAAAAACAUGGGGGAUCUGACACUAAGUGUCCUCUGACUGUUAAAGUCCUGGACGCAGUGCGGGGAUUGCCAGCUGCAGCAGUGAAGCUGAGGGUCUCCCGGAAGGCGGCAGAUGGCUCAUGGGCUGACGUCACCUCAGGAAUCACUGACGCCACUGGGGAAGUUCACGACCUCAUCAGCGAACAGGACUUCAUCGCGGGAGUUUACAAGGUGGCGUUUGAAACAAAAGCUUAUUGGAAGGCAGAGGGGCGAACGCCGUUCCACGAGGUGGCGGAUGUGGUGUUCGAGGCCCACACGGACGGCCACCGCCACUACACUCUGGCCCUGCUCCUGAGCCCGUUCUCUUACACAACAACUGCCGUCAUCACCAACGCUCACGAGUAACACAUGCCCCUUUUCAUUUUAGCAAAUAAA